AUGGCUGUGCUGCUGCUUUCUGAUCCUCCUCCCUCUUACCUGUGGUUUUCCCUUGCAGGGCACAGUUCUCUACCUGGGCCCAAGUCUGUGUGGGAUUCUUCUCCUGCCAGGAAGCUGCUCACCCUGCAAGAGGCACAAGCUCUGAGAAGAGGCCAGAGCAGCUCUCCUGCAGUGAAACGAAGCAGUGAGAUUGAAGUGGAGGAAGAUCCCACAGAAUUUCCAGGGAGAUUCCACACAAUUAUUGAUUUUCCAUCUGAAAGACCAAGUUCUCCCAGAAAGAGGAAGGAAUCACCAGCUGGCAGUUGGUGUUCCUGCCUCUGCCUGUGCAGACCAUCCCCUGUGGCCAAAUGCCAACUGCAGCGCAGUGCCAGGGAGCCUUCUGAAACAGAACUCGUGGUCCUGGAAGGUAAGGGUGCAAAUCCAGCUUUCAAAACACUGCUUGUCAGCAACACAGGUAGAAUGCAUGCUUUCAGUGGGCUUGUGCCUCCUUCUGGCAUUGAGGCCCGUGACUGACAUCUUCAGCUGACCCCUGUUUUCCCAAAGGAACCUCUCAAACUGUUUGAAGCAUACUUGACAGGCAGCACCAAGCCUUUGCCCCCAUGGGCAGAGAAAGUUGGACGCUAACCCCUGUGUCUCCCCUCCUUCCUAGGUGAAUCCAGCCCUUGUGAACCCACAAGAGCCAGGCCAAGUGCUGAUUGCUCAGGGAGUGUUUCCAUAAAUGGAGAGCUCAUGGGAAUCACAAUUCGCUGUAAUUCAAAUGACAGCCUUCCGUGUGACAUCAGCGACGGAGAGAAGGAGGUCAUCAUUGUUCAGGCAGUCAUUUCUCCCAGCUCUGCUGAAGGGGGUGCCCUGAGCCUGCCAGAAACCACAGUCACCAGCCUGGACUGUGACCAGAUGCCUUUGCAGUGCAGCCCAGCCCAAACACAACUCGAGUGCCCCGACAGCGGCACCUCCAAUCAGGAUGAAGUCACUGUCACUGAGGAGAAGCCGAGCCUCUUGGAUCGGGAUUUGGAAUCAGGUCUCCAGCCCCAGGCUCUCGGCAGCAGCACAAGCUCUGAGCCUCUCUCUCCUCAACAACAGAGGAUGAGUCCCAUCAUUCCCUUGGACCUCUCACAUUCUUCUUUCUCUGAGUGACUAAAGGCACGCUCAUGCUCAAUCAACGGGAUGGGGUGUUGAAUGAAAAAAUGCUUAGAAGAGAAAAUUUCCGGCAUUCAGUUGCAAAGAACAGCAGCAGAAUUAUCGUCAUCCUGCUGCCAGUCUUCAGUGUUGCUGUUUUAAGGUUGAAAGAGCAGUGUUUCUUUCAAGAAAAAUUGUUGGGCUUAUUUGUAUUUGUAAGCAAGCGGUUCAGAAUGUGGGUGUCACCAUUUGUUUUCCUGUGAAAAUAACAUGGCAAAAGUAACACUGCAAGUUCCCACAUUUUGGAGGGGCAUGUAUGGUCUUACCAGAUUUUCUAAGUGAAAUAACUUAUGACCAAACACUGCUCCUACUUUAGAAUAUAUAUCCUAAGUUCAUCCCACCUAAUACAGACAGAAUCAUCUUAUGCUCUGUUAUUAGAGUAUGAGAGAUGGUUUGCACUGUUGACUAAACAUACUUCUAACAUCAUAGAAUUAUAGUAUAUCCCAGUUUGGAAGGAACCCAAGAAGAUCAUCAAUUACAACUCCUGGAUCCACACAGGACUACCCAAAAAUCAGACCCUAUGUCUGAGAUCACUGUCCAAAAUACUUCUUGAAAUCUGGCAAGCUCAGUGAUGUGACUACUUAAUCUGGGGAGGCUGUUCUAGGGCUUGGUCACCCUAAAUCUUACUUCCAUUGAUUCCUGAGAAUUUCUUGGAUGAUCACGUUCCUAGGUCAUAUGUAUCCAAGUUAGAUUGCAUGAACCAAGCAGAUAAAUGUGAUCUCAUCCUCAACAAUUUUGCAUAAACCUAAAAGCACUGAGUUUUGUAAAUGGGAAAGAAACACAAAGAAUACACAGUUCUUACUCAAACCAUAAAAUGUCUAGAUGUUUCAUGAGAAAAAGAAAUUUAUAUUGAAUAUAUUUAUACGUACAUUUUAUUGUACAGUAGAAAUAAAAGAACAUUAAAAACAA